GGCACAGUGUGUCUGCAUUAGAAACAUGGCUGCCACCAGUCUAGUGGGUAUUUGUAGAAGAGCCUCAGCGUUCUUAAAGGCUGCUUGUUCCCUAGUAAAUCCCAAGACCCCUGCUCACUCCGGUUGCAGGCCUCCUCUUAGUUUGUUGCAUAAGAACACACCACAUGCCACAUCUUUUCUCCAGUGUAAAUUUCUUCAUACCACGUUGUCAAGGAAAGGACUAGAAGAAUUUUUUGAUGACCCAAAGAAUUGGGGGGAAGAAAAAGUCAAAUCUGGAGCUUCAUGGACCUGCCAGCAGCUGAGGAACAAAAGUAACGAAGACUUACAUAAGCUUUGGUAUGUCCUUCUGAAGGAAAGGAACAUGCUUCUAACUCUAGAGCAAGAGGCCAAGCGACAGAGACUGCCGAUGCCAAGUCCAGAGCGCUUAGAAAAGGUUGUGGAUUCCAUGGAUGCCUUAGAUAAAGUUGUCCAGGAGAGGGAAGAUGCUUUAAGGCUGCUUCAGACCGGUCAAGAAAAGCCAAGACCCGGUGCUUGGAGACAGGACAUCUUUGGAAGAAUCGUCUGGCACAAAUUCAAGCAGUGGCCUAUACCUUGGUACCUAAAUAAGAGAUACAACCGGAGGCGGUUCUUCGCAAUGCCUUACGUGGAUAGCUUUAUCAGACUGAGAAUUGAGAAACAUGCCCGCACUGAAGCAAGAAAGAGAAGCUUACAGAAAAAGAAAGAAAAAAUUCUCCAGGCAAAGUUCCCACAUCUCUCUCAAGACCGGAAAUCAAGUACUGUCUAAAAUGAGAUCCCGAAGUCCAGUUCCGUUGUCUUAAAGUCUGUGUCCUGAUGUGAAUAUCUGUUAAGCAGUUUAUAAAGAAAUGUUCUUGUAAACAUGGCAUCUUCAUUAGCUCUGCAAGUAGUGUUCCUUAUACCAAAACCAAGCAGAGUUCAGGUUCAAUUCCCCCCAAACAGGUCCUGACAUCUGAGCAGCUUAAUGUCACCUGAUAUCUUGGUGUAAAUGUAAUGCUGGUUGCCAGAGCAACACUAACAGAAGUCAGUUCAGAAAUGCUGUUCUUACCAGUGAUGUUAAACUGUGACGGGGAGGGAGCUGAAGAGAGGGCUCAAUACAUAAGGGCACUUGUUGCUCUUCCAAAGAACCCAGCACAAAUAUGGUAGGAAGUUACCGUCUGUAGUUCCAGUUGUAGGGAACCAAUGCCCUCCUCUGGCUUGUACAGACACCAGACACUAACGAGUGUGGUACAGAUGUACGUUCAGGUGAAAUACCCAUGCGUAAUUUUGUCAGCGUAAAAGGGGUGUGGAUCCUGGUAGUAAAAGUGAUUGCUUUCCCUCAUCAAGUAACGGUAAAAGCAGCACUGACAGCAGCAAGUCACAACAGACCAAUCCAAACCCUUUUAGGACAGUAGUGAUUUUUAUUUAAUUUUGUAAGCCUAAGGUAAAAAGCAUAGGCAGUAACUUUUACUAGUCAAUAAAGAGUAAUUCCACCAACCCACAGGAGAGCUGGAAAGUACUUACUGAAAGCAAAAUAUUUAGAGAAAAUAGACAUUCAUACAAAAUUAUAAAAUGCCUGUAAUAAGAAUAAGUGCAUCUCAAGGAAAGCACAAACUCAUUUAAUUUAUAGAGCCAGUUAAAGCCUUAAAAAAUUUAAGUGGAAAUUGAAAUAUGCAAACAUGUAUAAACAUUCUACAAAAGAUGGUCAUCUUUUCCUGAGUGUCCUAAAGCUACAGACGUGAGGUGAUGGGCAGGCAGGGUGGAGCCCUCAAGGGCAUUUUCUUUCUACACACUGCUUCCCUCCUUCUUCAUAUUCCUGUUUGGAAAUCCACAUCUGUUGAAAGGUACCCUGUAAGGCAGAAAGAAAUAUUACAUAAUUAUGCCCCAGUUUUCAUUAGAAGGUGGUACUUUUUACUCAUCAAUGUCCUCAACUGCUAUACUAUUAAACUCCCUCCUCCAAA